GCGCCUUCCCCCUCCAAGCGGGAAAACCCCGGGCGGGGGCAAAGCCCCCCUCGGCUCAGCCCCGACACCGCCCCGCAGGAUGGGCGGCCGUGCCCCGGGGGCUGCGGGGUAGCGCGGCGGCGGAGCGCAGAGUUCUUAAUGAAAUAGCGAUCAAAGAAACAGUUGGGACUUCGACAUGGCUUUCCAUUUGGAGGGGCUGGUGGCCAUAGUUGUAUUCUACCUGGCUAUCCUGGCAGUUGGGAUAUGGGCUGCUUGGAAAACCAAGAACACCGGCAGCGAAGGAGAUCGCAGCGAAGCUAUUAUAGUCGGUGGAAGAGACAUUGGCUUGCUAGUUGGUGGAUUUACAAUGACUGCCACAUGGGUUGGAGGAGGUUACAUCAACGGGACAGCAGAAGCUGUGUAUGUCCCAGGCUAUGGUCUAGCUUGGGCUCAGGCACCCAUCGGAUAUGCCCUUAGUCUGGUUUUAGGUGGUCUUUUUUUUGCAAAACCCAUGCGAUCCAAAGGCUAUGUGACAAUGCUAGACCCUUUUCAGCAGCUUUAUGGAAAAAGGAUGGGAGGGCUACUGUUUAUUCCAGCUUUAAUGGGAGAAAUGUUUUGGGCUGCUGCCAUCUUCUCUGCCUUAGGUGCCACUAUAAGUGUGAUCAUUGACAUUAAUGUCAAUAUUUCAGUCAUCAUUUCCGCCCUAAUUGCAACUAUGUACACGCUUGUGGGUGGGCUUUAUUCUGUGGCCUACACCGAUGUAGUUCAGCUCUUCUGCAUCUUCCUGGGACUGUGGAUCAGUGUACCCUUUGCGAUGUCCCAUCCUGCAGUGACAGACAUUGGGCUCACAGCUGUGCACCACGUGCACCAAGCACCUUGGCUUGGAUCUAUCAACUCACUUGACAUUUACACAUGGCUGGACAAUUUCCUUUUACUGACAUUAGGAGGAAUCCCAUGGCAAGCGUAUUUCCAGCGAGUUCUUUCUUCGUCUUCUGCCACAUAUGCCCAAGUUCUGUCAUUUCUGGCUGCUUUUGGCUGUCUUGUGAUGGCUCUUCCUGCAGUACUCAUCGGUGCAAUUGGAGCAUCCACAGCCUGGAACGAGACUGAGUAUGGUGUCCCUGACCCCAUGUCUAAAAAAGAAGCAGAUAUGAUUUUACCGAUCGUGCUCCAAUACCUGUGCCCAGUCUAUAUCUCAUUCUUUGGCCUCGGUGCUGUAUCUGCAGCCGUGAUGUCAUCAGCUGACUCUUCAAUUUUAUCAGCAAGUUCUAUGUUUGCUCGGAACAUUUACCAGCUUUCUUUUCGGCAAAAUGCUUCAGACAGGGAAAUCGUGUGGGUCAUGAGAAUCACUGUUUUUCUGUUUGGAGCGUCAGCAACAGCAAUGGCACUGCUAGCUUCGUCAGUGUAUGGCCUGUGGUACCUCAGCUCUGACCUUGUUUAUAUCAUCAUAUUCCCCCAGCUCCUGUGUGUGUUAUUUAUUAAAGGAACCAACACCUAUGGUGCCAUUGCAGGAUACCUAUUUGGCCUUGUUCUCAGAAUAACCGGAGGAGAACCGUACCUCUACCUUCAGCCCUUGAUCUACUAUCCUGGCUGCUAUCCAGAUGAAAAUAAUAUCUAUAUCCAGCGAUUCCCAUUUAAAACACUUGCUAUGCUUACCUCCUUCUUUACUAACAUUAUAGUCUCCUACUUAGCCAAAUACUUAUUUGAGAGUGGGACUUUGCCACCAAAGCUGGACUUCCUUGAUGCUGUUGUUGCCAGGUACAGUAGAGAACACAUGGACAAAGCAACGCUUGUAAAAAGUGACAAUAUCGUAUUAAAUGAACUUGCACCUGUGAAUCCACGACACAGCCUAACUUUGAGCUCAACUUUCACAAACAAGGAAGCCUUCAAUUAUGUUGAUUCAAGUCCAGAGCUGUCCAACACUGAAGAUGAUAAUUAAAAAAUCUGGUAGCCACAGGCAAAGCAAUGUGAAGCAGGAUAUUCUGCAAAGAAUAGUAAGAGGCAUUUUAUCAGAAGAAAAGCAAGAACCGGGAAUGAAGUGCCAUUGCACCAUUCUUUACGUUGUUUCUAGCAGCAGAGGCAUCCCAUAGGAGGAACUCUUUUCUGUUAUUAUCUAACAUGUUGGAUUAGACCAUAGAGUGUUUACCAAAAGAUACACUCAGAUCCCAUUCUUUCUACCCAGAACUACAUACUGUGUAAUUAAAAAAAAAUAUUUACAAUUGAAAAUAUAGGUAGCAGAAAAAGUGCAAUGGUUAAUUAGCUAGGACGUUGUAUUAAGAGAUUAUAAUACAGUCACUCUGAAAUACUAUCAGUCAACAUUUUAUUGGCACAGCUAUAAAUGAUUUCUCACUAAAGAGCUAGUUGCUUGAGCAAAGACAGAUAGAGAACUUCCCUGGGGUUUUGGUCUGGUCGGUUUUUUUCCUCAUAAAGAAAUUCAAACAAUACAAAUCUAGUAUUUUAUUGUUUGUGUAAGACAGCAAAAUGCGCAAAUAGUAAUAAAUUCCUUAUAGGAGUGCUAAACAUCAUAUAUUAAUUUAAAAAGUUGAAAUGAAGUCACCAGUUUAAAAUUACAUUAUACCUAAUGCAAGACAACUUUAAGCAAAGUAUGUUAGUAUAGGUGUUCUUUUUUUCCUGUGGUUAGUGGCUGUCACCAAUGGAGGAUAACAAAAUUUUUAAAGCAAUAAUUGGAGUCAAAACUCAGCUUGUGAAAAAUGACAGAACUCUCAUAAACUAAAUAGAACUUUUCAAUGUUGAGAAAAGAAGCCUUGAUUUAUCAUCAAAAUGAAUACUGAGCAAAGCAGUCUGACACCAAGCAACUGCAGCAAUGGAACAAAUAUUAAAAAGUAAGGAGAGUCAAGAAGGCUUGCAAAAAAAAGAUGAGAGGGUUUUCCACAGGGAAAAUUCCCAUUUUUCACUUAAUAAAAAAGUAUUCUCAAAGACAUCAAAAAGUCUUUUGGUUGGACUUGCUGGUAUUACUCUGUAAAGUGCAGAUUUUCCAUGGAAAAUCACAUUUUCUCAAAAAUUUGAUUUCCCAUGGGAAAAACAGGCUUGCUGGACAGCUUUCCACGUCUGUAGUUGUCUACCUCUGAAAGCAGCAGCAGCUUGGAGGGGAACUGAAAGGAAAGCUGAACCCACAAGCGUAGUGAAAGGCGCAGCGGUGUCAUCCACUGAAUGAUGAACUCCUUCAUUGACAACAACCCUCCUGGGCCGUCACGGUGACUCUGCAGAGCACCAGCAGCGGCCAGGCGCAGACGAGACUUCACUUAUGAAUGGCAACGCUGGCCAGAAGCAGCAAGGCAGGGAGAUGAAGCCUCUUCCAACUUCGCCCUGGCCAGCAGGGAACACGCAACGUCGUUUCCAUUUGCCCAGGGCCGAGAUGAUUGUGUCUGUCCCCAUUGGUAUGUGCCUUUCACAGUGGGAGAUCUAAUAGCUAGAUUUCUGUACAAUUAAGAGUUAUGCUCCAAUAAUUCUUUUUAAUAUCUACGCAUGAUGCAAAAUGUUCAAGUGAAAUCCAGAUAUCCUCCUGUUGCUGGUCACUGGUGAAAUUUCUUUUUUAACGUUCACAGCACGAGGAGCUAUACUGGAGGACAGGAGAUGUAAGAAUAGGUUUUGCUGCUAAAGGAAGAAGCCAUCGACUUGUGCGUUCAACGUUGACAUUAACUUUCACAAGGUUGAAUCCUUAGAUAUGUUUUUACUCCUUUUGUGGAGUUUUAACAGCAUAUAGAUAUUUUAUACAUAGAGAAAAUUAAUUUUAGAGAUGUGGAUUUUUUUUCUCCGUACACUGCAUUUAAAAAUAACACUGCAUCUCAUUUCUGAAUAUGCAUUGUGAACUGUGGUACUACUGUGCUAACAAAUAUUGAGUGUGCUCUGGGGAGAGGGAAUCAAAAUCAGGAUCUGCACUAAAAACCCAGAAGAGCGAAUAUAGCAAAGAAAUGAAAAAUUCCUGCGGGGUGAGUCCAUGAGCCACUGAUAAAAUUCAGGGUGCUGAGGAUCUCUCAAACCGGACGCAAGCUCAGCAGUAUUCAUUCUCCCAUGAACCAUGGAAAAGAGAGGAGGAAAGAGAUUGCAUAGAAGAAAGAAAGGGGAGAGCAGAGCCACUGCUGAAUUAUUAUCAAUUUCUGCCCCGAAUCCACUAGCCUGAAUCCCUUCUUAUGAGAAAAUAUCAAGCCACAGUCUUGCUCUCUUACAUAGCCAAUGACUUAUGCUGCAGUUCCAAAUUAAGUUAGGGGAUCCCAUCUUACAGUCACCUGUAGGUCUGCCUGAAAUUUUUCUCUUACUUCAGUUUUGUCUUGGAAUUGCUAGAAUUUCACUAUGAGCAGCUACAUAGUGGCCAGAUGCUUUGAAUGCAGCAGCAUUUCUGUAUUAUUUAUUUCAAAAUUCCCAAUAGUGGGAGGAGAAGGAGAGGAAAAGGGGAUUCAGCUGGAAUUGUUUAAGAAAUUUUGCUUGAAAAAUAUAAAUCUCUCAUUUUCCCUUGUAUUCCCUUAUUGCCAUAAAAGCAUAAAGGCUUUUUUAAUGCUCAGAAAUGAAAAAGUUAAGUGAAAAAUUAAAAUGCACUAGUCCAAAAAUUUCAAGCCAGAUGCUUUCAACAUUAUCAGAAUAUUUAAUACUGUUUAUUCUAUGGAAUAUUUUUGUGAAAACACUGUGAUUUCACACAAAGUAUUCCUGUUUAGAUGGAGCUAUUCAUUCUCUGGCAGAAAAUGGUUCCAACAAAGUUUUCCAGCCCUCUCUGGAGAGUGAAAGUUUAUUGCACUUUUACAAGCAGCACACUAUGGAAGCUUUGUCAUGCAAAAGACAGAAGUGGCACUGAAGACUGUUCAUUGUGUGAUCGUACCUCUGCUUUCCACGUACCAAGUCUCUGCGUGUGUUUUUGCUUGAGUCCAAGAACGGCUGCGGUGGUUGCGGUGGUGGGCUGCAUAGUGGACAGGACAACUCCAGAAACCAAACCGAACAGCCCCGUGCAAAGUCUGUUUACAAGUUUUAUUGCCUUAGUUCAGCUAUCCUACCAUUAAAUUUAUACAAAGCUGUUCAUAUAA